UGCAAUGUCAUUUAGCAACCGUCGCAGACACAAAAUUUUGUUUUGUUGCUGAAACGAAAAUCAAAUUAAAAAUCAUGUGAAAAUUCCGAACAAUUUCGACAUAGUGAGCCAUAAAAUUGAUUUUCGAGGACGACCACAGUAAAUUAAUGAAGAUAAUUUUCGCAUCUGAAAGCACAAAGAACUUGUAAGUGGCCAGUCUGGCGUCGUCUCGUCUCGUCUCGUCUCGUCACGUCUCGUCUCGACUCCUGACUGAAUGUCGCCUUAUACUUGUAUGCUUUGGUUGGGCAGACGAGCCUUUUGAAGGAGUGAUGGGACAAAAAUGAAAAUACACAGCCCCAAUGAAAAAGAUUUGCAAUGGAUUGGAAGUUGUAUACCAGAAAUAUAACACUGCCAUCACUCGUACUACAUUUCUAAGGUACACUGCCAGUUUUAUCCUUUUGCCAAAUAACAAACAUGAGGUUUGCCUUCGACCCCCAUCAAUCGCAGUCGGAGCCGUCUUUUAAAGCCAACAAAUGUUUCUUUAAUUGCCAAUGCAUCUGUUGUCGCCAGGGAUGCUGUGUGGUGGUUGUUAAGUGCUGCUGCUGCUCUAGCUUCAACUGCUGCGGCAGCAAUGGCUCCCGAAAAGCAUUUCUCCAGCCGGCACUGGCGCGCAAGAAAGUUCCUGACCCCGACAUUUCAAGCGUGUCCAAGCUAAUGGGCGCCAUUUUGGUGCUUGCACGCUGGGCCACUGCGUUGGCAACUCUGCUGACAAGCUGCAUUCUACUUGAUAUUUUUCCGGUGCUUGGCCAGUCCAAUGUUUCUGACGGAAGCGGUGCGAGUGGCAGAGCAGUGCACGUAUCCGUUCCUACGGCGCCGAACGAAACUCCCAACAGCAACACGGAUGCGAAGCUGAAGUUCUUUUACGGGUUCACUUCGUACGAAGUCAAUAAUGACCAGCAGGUGCAAUCGAACAGCCUCUGCAGAAUGCUCUGCAAUAGUCAAAAUCGCAAACGACAACGAAGGAAGCGUCGUCGACGCAGGCGCAGGCGGCGCAGGCACAGGAAUGCGGUCAGCGACAAACGACUGCAAGUACCACGCAGGUCACAAAAACAUAUUCGAAGUGAUCAACAAGUGCAGAAAAAUAAAAUCGUCUUUCAGCAAAGUCUAAGCCUUAGCGAUGGCACAUGCCAGUCUUUGGAGACAAAAUUCAGAGCAAAGUAUGACGCGAUACCAGGAGGUAAUCUUACGGGUCAGACAGAAAGAAGUGUUCUGGUGUCGCCGUUAAGGGAAAUAAUAUCGCCUUGGUCAUCGACACAAAAUUCGAUGCGUAACUGCUCAAAGAAUAAGCGCAAUAGGGCCAAUCUCAUCUGGCUUCUUAUUGGGCUUGUCUGGUUUGAAGUAAAACUAAUAAACUGCAAUGGAAUCAGCAGCAGCAAUUACUAUGCUUCCAAUUUGGAGACUCACAAGGGCUGUACCCUGUGCCACGAAGAAGGCAAACUCAACAUUUACAACGAUAAAGAUAAUCCACAUACAGACUACAACAUCUACAACAAAUACCAAAACAACAAUUAUUUCUACAAAAAAACAAAUAAACCCCAUAACAACAAUGCGCCGAGCGAUCAAGUUCGUUUAGAGUCAAUAAAACGGCAAAUUUUGACGAAGCUUGGUCUUAGCCACAAGCCAAAUGUAUCCCAUCCCCUACCUAAGCAAUUUAUUUGGGAAACAAUAUAUCGUGCGGAUGGUGGCCAGAUGAUUAUCAACAAUGCAUUUGAGAGCAGUAGAAAUGACUUAGAUCAACAAAAUUCCAUUCCACGGACGUUAGCCCUACCAGAAAUACAUACGUUCAAUGACCGUGGCGGACGUUCUUAUCCGAGUAUCGAGCGAGAAGCCAAUCAACAUCAAUAUCGAUUACCGCUCGACUAUACUUUGAACUCGAGUAGAGGCAAUGUGUAUAAAAAAGUAUUGAGAAAUCGUCCUGCAGGGCGAAAAGGGCAUCAAAUACAAAAUGGCGAAGGAAAGAAUGUAUUUUUGAAAGGAUGGCCAGAAAAACGGCAGUUAAAAAUGAUUUCUCGGAUUGAGUCUGAGUCCGCGACGCAACUCAAAAGCCGCCCUAGCAGUUUUGGCAAGAUGCAGAAUGGACACAGCAGGAAAGAUAAUGUCAUGCAGGGCAAACCAAUGAAUGCGAAUGCGUUUAGAAAAUCUACAUAUCUGUUAGAUAUAAAUCAAAGUAGUGAUAGUAGUGUCAAUAUCGGCAUAAAUGAUGACAUCCGGCGUAAGGCUCAUGAUUAUUUUACCGAUUACAGUGUUCAGACUCAUGAUAAAGGCCAGUACCUUGGAAGUAUCUCUGGCAUUGGAUAUCAUCCAAUGGUCCAAAAUAUUGAAGAUCAAAAACAGAAGAGACAUUUUGAACCGGUUGUUCAUGACCAGGAAAAUAUUGAUCAUGAAGACUUCUUUGGAAAUACUCAAGAAAUAAUUACAUUUGCAGAAGAAGGAACACAAUAUCGACAAUACCGAAUACUUGAAUUUGCGCCACAAAAUCGCCGUGUUCCUAACCAAAAACUAUCCAUACGCAGCGCUCAGAUUCACAUACGGAUCGACAAGCCACACAGUUUCUGGAUCGAAAGAGCAAAAAAUUUGCAGGAAGAGCAUUUGCUUAAUAUUAAACGAAAAUGGAGGGCAAAUAAACCUCAUCACAGAAUUAAAAUCUGGGUAUUUCAAUUAUCAACAGCGAUUAAUAUUACGGAAAAGGGACUAGACAAGGCUAUCCUAUUUCGUGCUUCUUUUGAAGUUAACACCAAACAUCUAGGAUGGCAAAAAUUUGAUCUGACCGAAACAAUCCGUGAGUGGUAUGGCCAUAACAAUAAUGAGAAACUGCGACUACUGAUUGAUUGCACUGGAUGCGGUGGUCGCUACUCACUGCACCUAUUCCAAACUUCAAAACUUAGAGAUAACUCAUCGGACUACUUAAGCCCUAAUCCCAAUCGACCAUUUCUCGUACUUCAUACGGAAUCAGCACGGACAAGACGUGUACGAAGACGAGCUGUAGAUUGUGGCGGUGCUUUGAGUGGACAAUGCUGCAAAGAGUCAUUCUAUGUAUCAUUUAAGGCACUUGGUUGGGAUGACUGGAUUAUUGCACCCAGAGGAUACUUUGCCAACUAUUGUAGAGGCGAUUGCACAGGGUCGUUUCGGACACCCGACACUUUCCAAACAUUUCAUGCUCAUUUUAUAGAGGAGUAUCGAAAAAUGGGCCUCUUGAAUGGCAUGCGACCCUGUUGCGCCCCAAUAAAAUUCUCUAGUAUGUCAUUAAUAUACUAUGGAGAUGAUGGAAUCAUUAAAAGAGACUUGCCAAAAAUGGUUGUUGAUGAGUGUGGAUGCCCUUAGCCUUGCUCGAUAUCUGCCUUUACAUUUCCUAUUUUCCGUCCGGUAAAUAUAUACAUAGAUAUCCUCGGUUAUCUGCAAAGUCAAAACGGAAGUGUUUUAAUAUAAGAAAUAUGUUCUAUUACAUUUUAUUGAAUCGAUAUGAAAAUUAUGUGUUAUUAACAUAGAUUAGACUUAUUGUAUUAAACUUUAAGAUAGGCUGAUGACAAUAUUUGUAUAUUUACGAACAAACCCAAAAUUGUGAAAGUGCCUAAAUUAAAUGAAAUGUAAAACUUUAAGAAUCAUGAAACUAACACUAAAAUAUAUUUGAAUAAGGUAAAAUCCGCUUUUAAUAAAUUUAUAAACACUCAAAAAUAACUUUAAUAUAUAUAUGCACUAAGAACUAACAUAAAAUAGUAGGUUUUCACAACUUACAAUAUAAUAAAAUGUUUAGUUUGAUUAUUUUGAAACCUAAUGUCGAAGAGCAUACAAAUUUAUUUCAAAUUACAGUUAAAUAAAGCGUUGGUCUAUCCAUAAAAUGUAA